AUGUUGCAGCAGCAGCUGCAGCAGCAGCAGCAGCUGCAGCAGCAACAGCUGCAGCAGCAGCAGCUGCAGCAACUGCAGCAGGAGCAAAUGCGGCCCCUGGACGCCCAGCGACAAGCUUCGCUGCUGUUUGCGCUGCAGCAAAGUGGAGAGGGCCACUUUGUCACUCGAUCCAUUAGCAUGAACAGCUGCAACGUUUCCUACCUGCGCAGCACCACAGCAGUUUCUCACCUGUCCCCUGUCUCCCCCACGAGAGCAGCAGCAGCAGCAGCAGCAGCGCCAGCAGCAGCAGCAGCAGCAGCAGGAGCAGUGGCGGCUGUCCCCGCUGCAGCAGCGGCGACGCCCUCGCCGCCUGCAGCAGCAGCAACGCCCCCGCCCGCAGCAGCAGCAGCAGCAGCGCCAGCAGCAGCAGCAGCAGCAGCAGCAGCAGAGCACCCUCACGGCUUCGGGGCGCUGCUGCCUUCUUUCUUGCCUCGGCUUUCUUCUUCUGUUUCUUCUUUUUUAUUUCCAAUUGUUGCUCCUGCUGCUCCUCCAGCAGCAGCAGCAGCAGCAGCAGCAACAGGAGCAGCAGCAGCAGCAGCAGCACCCGAGGGGCCCGCGGAAGUGCAGCUGCAGCAAAAGGGGCGCAGCAGCACGCGCCUAGUGGUGGUGCUGCAGCCGCCGCCAGGCAGCAGCAGCAGCAGCAGCGCAGCAGCAGCAGAAGCAGCAGCAGCAGCAGCAGCAGCAGACCCUGUGGAAGUCGCGCUGCAGCAGUACCUGCUCUGCAAGCUGAAGGGCCACCCCGUGCUGGACGCAGCGCCGCUCGAGGGUUUAGGCGAAGACCCCGAGACGUUUCUGACGCCCCACGAAGAAGCCGAGCUGCUGCUGGGGGAGCUGCUGGCGAUGCGUUUUGGGAUUGACGCUCCUUUCCAGUCCUUGCAG